AUGUCUGUAUGGUCGCUUGAUCAAUCGGCUCUUAUUAUUGAUAAGAAACUGCUCGACUUAUGCAGGGAUACAACUCCAGAGAACAAGAAAGCCACCACCAUGCUGGAUAACAUCAAGGACUUCCAAGCACACAGACGAUCCAUGAAGGGAGUUAGAUCUCUUCGUCCAGAACUGUCGAUAGAAAAGAGACCGAGGCCAACGUAUUUGGCGGCUGGGUUUAAUACCCAAACUCUUACCGACCAGCUGUGGCAAGAAUUUCCAAAAGAACCGGGAAAACAUCUCCUUCCAGAGCAAUGUCCAAUUUGCGCAAGAUCCCUCGUAAACCGCAUCCAAAUCGGCCAAGAAUUCAAGACUGUAACAGACAGCACUACCUGCUCCUUUUUGAGAUUGGGCUUUACUUGUGACGGUACACCGAAAAAAUAUGACGAUCGCUACCCAAAGAAAAUUGCAACGAUCUGCCGUCCAGUUGAACCAUGGUACAACACUGACGGCACAGUUGUUCCCGAUUCAUGGUUCGGUUCGUCUGCCAUGAUUCGAACGCUCAAACUUUAUGCGCGUUUCGCCAUCGUACUGGAUGACAGCAGUGCCAUGACGGUCUCCAUAUUACUGGACCCAUGGUUCGAUCAAGAAGGCAAACAAUAUGUUGAACGAUGUGAAAGCCGACAAAUGCAACCGGUUUCAAUGUUGUACAUCAAUUGCCUCAACUGA